AUGUCUCCCCAGCAGAACCUCGAUUUCGCAAGUGAGUUCCUCAGUGAGGAGGAGCAUCGCACCAUUCGCACAUUGACACAGAUCCUCUCUUGGACACAGAGGCUGGCUGAAGGCGGCAAGGCACAUGUCAACUUCGUCGCAAGUAUCUGUUCAGAGGCAGCGGAGGCACAACAGAACUCCCAACACAAGCUUCUGAACAGCUUCCUGCGAUCCGUCGACGGUGGGGGUUCAGAGGCGAUUGCAAUCUUGCCUGGUGGGUUCACCAGCCACGGGCUCGCUCUCUUUGCUGGAGGCGCCCAACGGUCACUGGAGGGCAAUGCUCAGACCGACCUCAGGGAGCCCAACGUUUCCAAGGGUGAAAGAUGCAGGGUGGGAUUUACGCGGUACACGGUCCCUCCCGAUUUUGUACAAGACCCUCUACCAUCCCUUUUCGACCUCCUAGAGAAACAUGGCGGCGACGUCCCUCCGGCCCUCGCCGUCCAGCUGACCCUGACACUGUUGAAGCACGCCCCGAGGCAGAUCGGCCAAGAAGCGCAGCACAAGGCCUGGGAGGACUUCUCAGUGUUCAUGACCUGUGUCGGGCGGAAGCGGCUACAGGACGUAUUUGACUUUGGAGCGAGGGUUCGAAACUUUUACGCGGUCUUCCGGUAUGAGGACGGGGACGGAGAGAGCCCAGCCUCGUUCGCCGACGCGGGAGAUAAACUCACGCCCCCCCAGGCCAACGAGGAGCGGUUUAACGGUGUUGCCCCUCUCCCCAAGGGCAAGGGGCCAGAGCUCAAAACCUUUCUUAGGAAGCUUGAGCUCAUCAGCAAGGCCGAUCACAAGCAAUCUGAAAGUAGCGAAUAUAACGCACCUCGCUUCUUUUACGGGGCUCUAUGCACGCUCUUGCGAGGUAUAGAGAAGGCGCUGACUCGUGCUAAGCUAUCUCAGCCUCCUUGGGCCGGACAGGCAACUGAUGAUAGAGCGGCCUUCAGCAAAGCCAUCCAUGCUCUGGAGGCCAUCAUGCAUUUCCUGUGGGCUUUUGUAGCCCGCUUUCGAGAACAGAUCCGCCUCACACUCAAGUGGGUGACCCGCAUAUGCGAGCCCAAGCACGACGCCCACCUGGCCCCUAAACCAGGGAUCGAACAAGCCAGUCCCUACCUGGAGGGGGAACACGUCGUCACCCUGAAAGAGAUCGAGGACGGGAAGACUUGGGACUGGUCCAACGCGUGCCUCCAGUGGCUACAGCUCCUGCUUUCUCAGCAGGACGCCGCCCGGGACAUUCACAUGUGGGCGCCAUCUCGGACAUGGCGAUCCAAGUCUUUGAGGCAAGUGGUCCCCCUGGUCAAGGUCCACACGAUUGAGUUCAGGGUCGCACCCUGGGAUCGAGGCUCCCGCGACCUGUGCAACGUUCGGCAGGAACUGGAAGAACUCGUAUGGCACUCCGAGGCCAAUCGCAGUGCUUUGACAAUGUGGCUGGAGCGGAACGGACACGGCGAUCUGGACGAGGCGAAAUUCACGGGGGCUGUCCACUGUGAGACGAUGCUGCUCACACUGCACGCCCUGACCCUCCCCUGGGUAUUCGGAGGCACUUACCCAAGUCCCGAAACAAUAUCCCAGUGUCUCAGGUCUCGCGACAUAGUCGUCUCGCCGCAAGUCAUUGGCAAGCUCCAGGCCGGUCGCGACAUGCUGGGUGUCUCGAGAAGAUGCUGCCCUGGAUGUAGGGCCGUUGUCCUUGCGAUCCGCAACCUGCAGAGCUUCCGUCGACGAGUAACCCCGCCGCCUUUCCACGGGGUUUGGCUCCCCAUGGCCCUCCCGCCCUGGACGCCACGUCGCAUCGGCCUCAAACUCUUGGAACAGCUUCGUCAUGAGAUUCGUUAUCGCGACCGACUCGCUUUCAAAGCCUUGACCCCGGAGGAGCAGGAGGAGCUGAACCGGAAUCAUGUGCCCGAGGUCAUUCUUCCUCCGAAGAUUCCAGAGCUGCCAGUAGGUUGGGUAUCUUCUGAAUCCGAUUCCGAAUCUGCACCGGAAGUUUGA